UAUGCGUGGUGCUAGUGAGUGCGAAAGUGAAACAAUAGUUGUCUGUGUUGUUUGAAGUUUCGCCGGUUAUUAACACAAACCGCAUCUCGUCACCGACGUUCGGAGCUAUCAGGUCAUUAUAUCUAUGAUCGGAAUUUCUUCGAGUUCUCUUGCCUUCGAGGUGCGUCAAGUAGAUGAUUUGCCGCUGUAAUCCCAUACCGCCGAAAGAUUCCCUCCCGUGCAGCCACGAAAUAUCACGAAGUUGAGUGUAGACGUAAGGAAUGCCGUUCCGCUACAACUACCGAACUGCAUAAGAGCGCGUUACGCUCCGCUGGGCAAAAGGCAAUUAAACUUUUUGUCGUGCUCCGUUUAAUGACGAGUGGACAUCAGCAUCUGGAAGAGGAUACAUAUACGACCCUGGGAUAUGACAACAGUAGCGUUCAGGAAAUCUUCUGAGGAAAGCCAAAGGCGGCUGAAGGCGGAGCUGCAGCAGCUGCGUCGGCGCGGCGCGCUGCGCGCGGGCGAGGCGGCCAGUGAGUCCGGCGCCGCGUCCCCCGGAGGCUCGCCCGCCACCAGCCUGGUGGGCUCCGGCCGCGCCUGCGCCCGCUGCCGCGCGCCGCUGGGCCGCCUCGUGAACCGCGGCGCGCCCUGCAGGGCCUGCCGGCUGCUCGUGUGCCGCGCCUGCAGGCACUACCUCGAGCGCUCCCCGGACUGGGUCUGCUCCGUCUGCCACAAGCACAUGGAGAUCCAGGCGGCGACGGGGGAGUGGAUGAACGAGUACGUGCGGCGGCCCAGCAGGAGGAGGGACAACCGCGUCUACGUGCCGCCCGCAGACGUCGUGAAGCGCAGCAUCCGCCGCUCCUGGACCAUCUCCAAUCCGUCAUCGAGGUGGUCAGCAACUCGAGGCUCUCCGGAACUGAGAGCGUACAACAGUCUUCCGCGCCACCAAGAAUGCUGCUACACUUCGCUAAACCACGUACCGAGGGACAAGUCGCCCUCGUAUCCGAGGGAUGAGAGCGGCCCAUGCGGAUCUCCGCGUUCCCGCGACAGCCAGCAGUCCCAGUCCCAAACGUACAGCCUCCCAGACGACGAAGAUACGACCGAACGAUCCCCGACCAGAUCGCCGGCGGCGGCGGACGUAGAGAACCGCCCUGCGACGGCGGCGUCGACGACGAGCGAAACAGCCGAGCAGAGUCCACCGGCCGGCACGUUCAGAGACAGGAUGUCCAACUCGCCCGCGCUCAGCGCCCGGGUCCGCAGGCAGCAGUACUUCAGCUCGAGGAGCGACGACGACUCCGAGUUCCAGAGCCGGUACCUGCAGAACCACGUGCUGAAGCAGCAGCGCGCCGACGUCGGCCGCCAGAAGUCGCACGACUACGUCGCGGGCAGCGCCCCGGAGGACAAGUCGUCCUCGCCGGGCAGCAGCCCCAGCGUCCAGGAGAGCCGGCUGGCCGCCGUGCGCGACCUCAGGGACGUCACGUCGUCCUCGACGAGCCACAGCAGCCGCGAGGUGUCGCCGCUGACCAGGAGGCACCAGAGCUUCGACGUGGUGGACAGGCCGCAGUCGAGGACCGUGUCGCUGCUGCAGCACCGGCACUCCUCCGUGGACCGCGGCGGCGAGGCGGCCGCCCCCGCGUCGCCCCACCGGCGCUACUUCCUCGUCGGGCAGGACGCGCCGCACUCGAGGCACUCGCUGCUCGGCCGCGACUCGGUGCUGCCGCCGCCGCCCCACCGCCGCCCCCUGCUCAGCAGGGACUACGUGUCGUCGACGCUCGAGUACAGCGGCAACAGCGACAGCGGCGGCGAGAUCGUGGCGACGCCGCCCCCGCACGGCCGCCGCUACGGCGGCGCCAGGGACGACACUUCGUCGCUGUCCUCGCACAAGGCCGACGGCUCGCCGGUGCACGCCAGCUCUGGCGACGAUUUCGACGUCGAGCCGAUAAGCGGGACGGUCUUCCGUAAAGUGACUGUCAAGAAGAGAAGGCAGGAGACUCGUAGGGUGCUCGACAACGGUCGGUUCUCGCGGCGCAGCAGCUCGCGCGUGGUGGAGAGCGUGAGGGUGACGGAGGUGAGCAGCGACUACUGCGGCGCCGGCCGCUACCACCACCGGCACCACCAGCACCAGCACCACCACCGCCACCAGCACCACGAGCCGCUGCUGCUGGCGCCGCCGGACGUGGACGACUACAAGCUGGUGUUCAUCAGCUCCGACUCGUCGUCCAGCAAGGAGGACGAUGAGGAGGAGGAGGAGGAGGAGGACGCAGCGGACGAGGACACGGAGAGCAGCAGCUCGGCCGGCUGCGACUGGGACUACUUCGAGCAGGGCUGCUGCGCCGUCGAGGAGGUGACGCUGUGCGACCAGCACCGCGCCCCGCCGGAGCCGGCGGCGGCGGCCGGUGGUGGGGGGCCAGCUGCGGCGGCGGCGGCGGCGGCGGCGGCGCGCGCGCCCGCCAGUCCCCGGUGCGCCGCCUGCGGCUCCGCCACGGUGCUGCCGGUCCCCGUGCCCAUCCCCGUGCCCGUGCCUUUCCCCGUGCCCUUCUGGUCGCCCGCGCACCACCACCACUUCAUGCAGGACGCGGCGCUCGGCGUCUCCGGCGCCGCGGCGCCCGCCGCCGACGCCGUCGCCGCCUCCUCCACCGGCGGCGUCCGGAUCCGCAUCCGCAACUCCGCCGCGUCGGGCCCUUCGCGCGUCGUGGUCGGCCCGUGGUCGUGCUCGUGGCCGGCCGAGCUCAUCUCGCCGCUCAUCUCGGCCGCCGCCGGCAGCACCGUCGUCGCCGUCACGUCGACGGGCGCCGUGGUGCAGUGCCCGCCCGCCGUCGCGGACGUGUCGGGCGCGCCUCCGCAGAGGGCGCUCGCCGCCGUGCCCGCCUGCGAGAUCUUCAUCCGGCACGAGAGGGCGCACGAGGACCUACCUGCCACCGUCGCCGAAGUAACCUCCGCGCCGCGUCGCGAUCGCGUUUCGCUAUCGGAGGGCGAUAGCGCUGAUAAGGCCCGCGCCGAUAGCACUGACGGCGCCGUCCGUACCGUCACACGCGAGUCAGUAAGCGGCAGUGCGCGUUUCGGACCGGUCGACAAAGAGCCGCCAAUUACGGUCGCGAGUGAACCCCUCGAACAGGUAGGCGACUACGCCGUUCGGACCGUCAGCGCUACUAAUCAGCCAGUGGGCGACAAAGACAACUGCAGUAAUGCUGCCCAACCCGUCUCCGCCACCGCAGAGGCACGUCUAGAGCCGAGUGGCGAAGGCUCUGCACUCUCUAGUGAUCGCACCGUCGGUGCAACUGCGCCGGUCGCCAACGGCGUCCGAUUCGAUCUGGGCGGGAAAGACCCCGAAGGUGAGGAGCCUCCGCCAGCUGCAGAAGAACCGCGUCCCGAAGCUGACGACACACUGGAGCGCCAGCGGCGGAUGUUGCUGUCGCUCCCCAGGGAGCGCCUGCACUCUUCGUCCUCGACGUCGUCGUCCUCGUCCUCGACGUCGUCCGAAGCGUGUCAGGACUCUGAGGACGAGGGCGCUGUCACGGCGCAAGUGGCCGCCGGCUGCUACACUGUCACUGCGGGUGGAGACAGCGACGAAAGCGGCGCCGACAGCGACGAGUCCGAAACGACCUCCGCGUCUUCCGGCGGCGAGUUUUCUAAAGUGUUCGUUGUCAACAGCGGCGACGACGACGACGACGACGACGACAGCAGUGAUGCCGGCCUUCCCGAAGCGCCGGCGCAGCCGUCUUCCGGAGCAUCCGAUGCGGAAGGCGGCGACGGCGGUGCUGUUGUGCUUCUGAGGCACGCUUCGUUCGCCAGUGACGAGAAGGCUGCUGAAGGCAGUGUAAGAAACUCGUCUCCUCGGAAAAACAAGGAAGAGACAGUUGAGUGUGGUGGGAAGAAAACGAACAGGCCGACGGCGUUGUCAGAGCUAGCGAGUCCUGCAGCCACCGAAGGCUGUGACGACGGAAUUGUACUACUGAAGCACAUCAGGAAGUCGGAGGUGGAGACCGCAACAGGCGAUGCAUUUCGCCAUAGCGAUAGCAAAGGGAAGGAAAGCGAGGCAGACGGAAUUGUGCUCGUGAAACACGUCAAGAACUUGGAGGGAGGAAGUGCUGACGUUUCGGCGCGAGCGAGUGAUUUUAAUUCUGUCCCGGGUGGACUGGUUAGUGAUGGAGACAAAGAAGUCGGGGAGGAGGAGAGUGGAGAUGAAAGUGAAGGCAGUGUGAGUGACGAAAUGCAGAUGCAUCACGAUACUGGCGACAGCAGCGAUAGCGACUCUGACAGUUCCACCUUCAGCACCAGUGGCUGCGACAGUGACCUUGACUCCGGAGACGGCGGCGUUGUCCUCUUAAGGCACAUCGAAGUCGUUCCAGAGGAAGACCGCCGGGUACAUGCUCCGCGGGGUGACGUUAAUGAGUGUGGUGCUACUAAUGCCGGAAGUGUCGUUAGUGAAGCUGAGAGCAGCCCCGUCGGUGAAGGGAAGGCUGGCGUUGAAACAGAGGAUAGAGUAGAGGAAGCUACUACAGUGGAAAAAGCAACAGAGUUUCGUGAAGGUGAGUGCAAAGUUCCAGCAGUUAAAGACGAAACGGGUGGUGAAAAUAAAGACGCAGUGUUAGCUGGGGAAUUAAGCGCGUGCAUACAUGAUUUAGCUGUGAAUGACGACGAGGGAAGUGGUUCGGUUAUGACGCAAGAAGCCACUGCUGGCGUGCAAGAGGACGAGCACGGUGCAGUGGUAGUGACACUGGGAAAGGAGGAUGAGGGUUCGGUGGUUGCUGCGGUCUCCAGCGGCUCCGGUGAAGUGCCGCAGGAGCCGGAAGUCACGACCGAGCGCCCCCUGCACACACAGGACGAACAAAAGCCCCCAGGACACGCAGAGGAUGGCGCUGACUCAGCCGCGACGCAGGACACCGGAUUACCGACGUUGGAGGAAGAGGGAGCCGCAAAGGAAAGUGAUUUACAGCAAUGUUGCCCUCAGAUUACUGUGGAGGUCGUCGAGUGCGUGGAAGAUCUGACGGAGAGCAUUGUCACGCGGAUUGGCGAAGAUUCCAAGUGCUUGACAGUGACAGAAGAUGAAGUUGGACGUCUCGAUGGUGCCGAUAUCGAGUCUGCGGUAGCGGAGACGGGGCAGUUGGGAGAUGCAAGCGGCAGCGUGACGGAGGACGCGGACGCCGUAGAGUCGGCGGUACGUGAAGGAAUUCGCGAGGGAGACGAAGAUAAGGCGGCGGCAGCGGCAACAGGUGGGGGCGAACCGCUCCGGGACAGCUGGUUCGGCGGCGUCGUGCUGCAGCGCAUACGCCACCUGGACGACGAGGGCAGCGACCCGGCGCUGACCGGCGGCCGCGCCGACAACUACGACGGCCGCGCCGCUGCACGCAGUUCGCCGGAACGCUCAGAGAUGGCGCCGGCGGCCGCUGCCGCUGCAGGCGCGCCUCGCGCCGCUGCCACCCACGACACGGAGGAAGGCGUGCGGAACACCUGCAUUUCACUCGCCGCUCUCUUCGGAGAGUACGACAGUGCGAGCCUGGCAGUCCGCGAGGAUGAGGUGUGCAGAGCGGACAGCGCUGACAGUACCCGGAAGGAGGUAGCGGUGGCGCACGCCGAAGUGGACACGAUCGGCGCCCAAAAGUCUGGGGCUUCUGCAGCGGCAGAAGUACCCGUUGACAGUGCGACGCGCGUCGGAGAAAGUGCCGCGGAGAUGACGUCGGGCGAUUCCGCGCCAGCGGAACACGCUCUCGAACGUGAACGCGGGUCGGAAACUAUAACAGUUGUGGAUAAUGAGCGAGGUCCUGGUCGGGUGUCGGACGUCGAGGAUUCGACGGCGGGGACGUCAGGUGGAGAGAAGGUGGAGGAGCAGAGUUCGGAAGCGAAAGAGGCUGUGGCAGUGGAAAACCCGUCGUCGGUGGAAGCGCCCGCGAAUUUUGAAGUGUCGGAAAUCGAACAACCUGUGGAGCCGGAUGUGGCGGCGCACCUGUUGUCUCCGGAGCAGUGCGACGUCUCGAGACGGUCGAGAAGCGCGUCGGAGAGCGAGGGGACGAUAAAGCUGGAGGAGGAGGAGACGGAAAGCGGCGAAGGGAGCGACGAGGAGGAAGAGCGGCGCGACGGCGAGGGUGCGCGCGCAGCGGCGGCGCCAGGUGCGCCAUCGACGGCGGCGGCGGCGUCGGCGGCAGUCGGCCGCGGGAGCCCGACGCGAGCGGACGCGCAGCAGCAUGGCGGCGCGCCGCCGGAGCGCUACACCAGCCUCGUCAUGAUAACGCAGGACGCGCCGCAGCAGUCGGUCAGUGUGGUGACGAGCGAGACGACGACGCUGGUCCCGGCGGGCGCCGCCCCUGCCCCCGGGGGCGGGGGCGACGUGGUGGUGAGGCACACCAACUGGGAGGAGCAGGCCGCCGCGGCCGCUGCCGCCUCCGGGCUCGCCGGCUACUUCACCCUCACGCUGGAGGCGGGCCCGCGCUCCGCGUCGCCGUCGGCGAGGCGGCCGCUCGUCACCAAGACGCUGGCCGAGCCCGCCCCCGCGCCGGAGGACACCGGCCCGGCGCGCCAGCAAGAGGACGUGCACGUGGUGACCGGCGGCGACACACUCUCGGCUGUCGUCUGCCUGGAGGAGGGCCUCGCCGACGACGACUCGUGGGUGGAGGAGGUGGGCGACCGCGACGAGGACGAGUUCGCCACGUCGACGGCCUCGGAGGGCGACGACGCGGACGACUCGUCGUGCGACGAGUCCGGCGCGGCGGUCAGGUCGGCGGCGUCGUACUCGGACCGCGAGGAAGAGCUGCGCGGCUACCACCGCUCCGCCAUCGACUUCACCCUGCACACCAUCGUCGAGGAGAGCUGCGAGGAGAGCGAAGUGGAGCACGCGUCGCGCAACGGCGCCGGUUCGGGGCGCAAGUCGCGCCCCACUUCCGCCUCGGAACUGGAGAAGUACUUCUUCUUUCGGCUGGGCAACGGCGCGCCGGUCAACCCCGGCGGGGGCGGCGGUGGGGGCGGCCGGGAGCUGGACUCCAUGUCGGACACCUGCAGCUCCAUCUACAGCGAAGGGCUGGAGUCUCUGGGAGGCGGCGAAGACGGCGGCGGGGGCGCCGGAAGUCCGAGGGACGACGCCGACGCGGACGAGCUGGCGGCGCUGGCGUCCUCGCGGCUCGAGAAGUACUUCCUGACCGGCUUCAUGGGGUUCAUGGGGCCGUCCGGAGAGGGCGCCGGCGACUCGGACGGAAGCGGCAGCGUCGGCAGCGACAGCGAGGGCCGCCCGUCGCCCGAGCAGCGCCGCAAGAGGCUGGUGACGCGCGCCAGGAGGGGCCACCAGCUGUCUGUCCAGCAGAUGUCCAGCCCCUCGCAGCAGCAGCAACAGCAGCAGCAGCACGACGUGACGCCGGAGCUGUCGUGCGGGGAAGCGCCGCCCUUCUCCGCCACCGAAGACUCGUCCAGCACGGAGACCGAGGGCUUGAGCGGCAGCCUGGGCGCCCACGACGACACCGUCACCACGUUCGACCGGCCCGACGGCCAGUUCGACACCGUCAAACGCAAGAAGAAGCGCCGCAGCAGCGGCUGCCCGUCCCCGGCCGUCGAGGAACCGCCGCAGACGUCCGUCUCCACUCCGCCCUCCGCGUCGCUGGACGCCACUGCCGCGACCACCACCACCACCAAUAACAGGGAAUCCUCGGAAGACGAGGACGGCGCCAAGACGCCCCAGCCCGAAUUCCUGCUGCUGCCCUCCGACCUGUCGGCGUCGCGCAACAAGCAGCACAGCCGGGACAGCGGCUUCAUCGGCAGCUGCGACGACCUGCUCAAGGAACAGCGCACCAGCAGCGACUCCAGCAGCGCCGGCGGCAGCGAUGCGCCGGCUCAGACCGCCACGGAGACGGCCGCCACCAGCGAGACCGCCACGGCCGACAAGGAAGAACCGUCCCCGAUCCAGACGCCGUCCGCAGACAGUGACUCCGCCCGCAAAGUUCUCGCCGACUCUGCCGCGCCGGCGUCGGACGAGAAGGCGUCCCAGCCGGCACCGCCACCGCCGGCGACUUCGCUCACCCGCAAGGACAGCUUCAACAACUGGAGCUCCGACGAGGAGACCAACCUGAUGAUGUCCAAGAUGCGCGCCUUCUUCAAGACGAUGGUGGCGGCGGCGGGCGCCAACAGCUCGGGGAGGGUGACGGGCGCGACGUCGACGUCGACGCCGCAGGCCAGCCCCGGAGUGCGACCGCGCUCCAAGCCGCCGCAGCUGGUCUACUUCGAGAACGAGCUGACGCGCCUCAUGAAAACGGUUCCCGGCAUCCGCGACGACCAAGUGCGCGAGAUUGUCGAGUACCUGAGCAGCGAGGACACGUGGAGUGACUCGUACGACUCGAGCGACUACACCAGCUCGGACCUGGAGGCGCAGCACGAACACCACCUGCACCACCGCCACCAGUACCAUCCCUACGCCUACCAACCGGCUGCGCCUCCCGGCUCGCCGGCGGCCAGGAGCGACCUGCAGGAGCAGAUCUCGGCCAGCUGCCGACAGAUCAUCAACAAGUUCGACACGGCCGGCCCCGGAGACGACGGCCUGUCCGCCGCCUCCGACAGGGACCGCACCCUCGGAGGCGCCGCGGGCGUCGACGACGGCGGCGGCAUCGCCAAAGACAACGCGCUCGUCUACCAGAAGCUGGUGGCGUCUUUCUCCAAGAUGGCCAGCAACGACGCCGGAACGGCUGCCGCCCCCGGGGGCGGCUCUGUCACUGCCGGAUUCGGUGGUCCCGUCGGUGUGGCAGGGGGCGUGCCCGGCGUCGUUGGAGGCGGCGUCGGAUCUGCGAGCAGCACUCCGCACAGUUCGCCCCCGCUCUUCGCCAAGGUGAUGCAGCACAUAGGCACCAGGUUGGUGGCGCUGAUGCACGAGGUGUCCGGCGGCGAGGGCGUGGCCACGUCGAGCCCGAAGCCGCGGCUGCAUCACCACGGGCACCACCACGGCCAUCACCACGGCCACCAUCACCACCACCACCACCACCACCGGCGGCUGCAGCAGAAGCCGUCGAGCGCGUCGACGACGACGGAGGAGGAGGAGGACAGCAGCCACACGGACACGGAGCAGGGCGUGUCGGCGCCGCUGCUGCAGCUGCCGCGCUCCAAGUCGCACGACCUGCUGCUCGAGCAGCAGCAGCACGAGGCCCGCCUGCGCUCCGCCAGCAGCGGCGGACACGUCUCCGACGUCGAGCGCAGCGAGCACUCCGACUACGAGCGCUUCAGUUGGCGAGGCAGCUUCGAGUCUGCGCUGAUGGCGGCGGACUCCCGGACCAAGCUGUCGCUGCUGGCGGGCGCGGGCGGCGGCGGCGGCGUCGGCGGCUGCGGCGCGCUGCCGGAGUCGUGCAAGCGGCGCUCGGCGGGAGACCUGCUGCUCGCCAGCUCCAGGGACCAGCUGGCCGUGGACCGCGUGCGCUCCUGCGGCAGCAUCGGCGGCCUCGAGGAGGAACAGGUGGGAUGGCGCCGCCGCAGCAGCGUUCCGGACGCGGGCCGCUCGGACAAUACGUCGGCCGACGACGAAGACGAUGACGACGACGACGACGUCGGCGCCGACGAGGGCGGCGAGGAGCGCGCGCGCUCGACGACGCUGCCCCGCAGCCUGGCGCCCCCGGGGGCGGGGCCGGCGCCGGCCACGUCCAACUCCCUGCCGCGGCUGCCGCCCUCGCUGGCCGGCAUGCACAAGGCGCACAGCGUGCACCACCUGCUGCAGGCGGCCGGCGGCGGGGGCGGCGGGCACGUCAAGUCUGCGCGCUACCGCCCCCCGGGCUUCGUCAGCCGGCCCGCGUCCACCUCCGUGUCGGCGGGUCCGCCCCCCAAACGCGCCGUCUCCGCCCCCGGCCUGCACCAGCCGCAGCCCGCCCCCCGCGCCAACGCGCCGGCCAGGCGCCGCCCCCAGCCGCCCACGUCGCUGCUGCCCUCCGGCGAGGACGUCGCGCAAGGGGAGGAGCCGGUGUCCACGUCGCUGCACCGGCCUAUUAGCAAGAGCGCCACGCCCUCGCCCGUCGUGGGCGGCGCCGCCUCGCGCAAGAACUCCACCAGCCUCAGCGUCGCCGGCGACUUCGCCGCCGCAGCCGCCGACGGUGACGACAAGCUGCGGCCGGGCCUCUCGCCUCUCGGGGCACGGAGCGAUUCACUUGCAAGUGUGUAUUCUGGUGCUGGAGAGGGUCGAUACGGAACUGUGGCAGUGCGAGGUGAAGUGGAGUUUGGCCUGCAAUAUAAUUAUAAAGCUGGAGCACUUGAAAUACUUGUAAAGCAGUGCCGUGAUUUAGCACCUGUUGACACCAAAAGGAACCGUUCCGAUCCAUAUGUUAAGGUGUAUUUGCUGCCAGACAAAUCUAAGAGCGGAAAACGAAAGACGAAAGUAAAGAAACAUACUCUUAAUCCUGUAUUUGAUGAAACCUUAAAAUUCCACAUAACCUUGCAUGGUUUGGAAACAAGAACCCUGUGGCUUACCGUGUGGCAUUCAGACAUGUUCGGGAGAAAUGACUUCCUUGGAGAAGUUAUGAUGUCUUUGGAGAAUAAGGUGUUUGAUGAUCCUACUCCACAGUGGUAUCCUUUGCAAGAAAGGACAGAACCAUUUGAUGACCUCCUCAGCUACAAGGGUGACAUAAUAAUUGGUCUCAAGUUUGUCCCUCCCGAUGUUACUGUUCAAAAGAAAGGCAAGAGAUCACGAGGGUCUCUACAGGUGCUGGUAAAAGAAGCAAAGAAUCUUACUGCUGUCAAAGCUAAUGGAACAUCUGAUCCAUUCUGUAAAAGUUACUUGCUUCCCGACAAAGGACGCAGCUCUAAGCAAAAGACGCCUGUACUUCGACGGACUUGUAAUCCUGUGUGGAAUUACACAUUCACUUAUGAAGAUGUCAGCUUACAAGAACUCUCAGAAAGAAGUCUGGAGCUGACAGUUUGGGACCAUGACAGACUAGCAAGUAAUGAAUUUCUUGGAGGUCUGCGAUUUAACCUUGGGACAGGCAAACACUAUGGGAAAUCUGUGGAUUGGAUGGAUGCAACUGGAAAAGAAAUGACCUUGUGGCAAAGUAUGCUGGAACGGCCUAACUUCUGGGUUGAAGGAUGUCUGACAUUACGUCCUUCACUUGAACAUCGCAGCACAAACUCAUAGUUUUAGUGGUUAAUGUAAAUGUUAGAGGUGCAUUUAUGCGGAAGUUUUAUACAGCUCUUUUAUUAUUCCUCAGUUGAUUUUGUGUAUUGAUAAGUUUUAUCCACAAGUAUGAUCAUUUGAAAAGAAUGGCCAUUGUGUCCCUUUUCCUUUAUUUUUUAAACGUUAGAAAUGUAAAUGGCUGUACGAUGUCUGUUCCUUCUAAGUGUUUAUUAAAUUAUUUUUAUAUGGAAGAUAGGUGAGCCUCAUUUCAGAUGAACUAGAGUAGCAUAUAAUGUAUUUUUGUAAAUGUAUUACUGUAAUAGUCCAUUGAAAGAAGUCAUUUGUUAAACUGAAAGUGAUAAUUUCUAUCCUUCAGUUUGAAAUGAGACUCAUAAGUGAGUUAAAUCUUUUUAUAUGGAUGUUGAUUUUGCUACCAACAAGAUCAUGAGGUAUACCUGUUUUGAGGUAAAAUAUUAUCUGCUCCUAUUACAAUAUCUUUAACAUAGGGUGAUUUGGUAUGUAAGAAAUAAUAAAUUCAGACUUGUACUCUGUUAACAUAUAUUUAAUCAUUAUUUAAGAGAAAACAUUGUUUACAUUUAAAAUAAUAGCAGUGAAUGUCCAUAUUUUUAUACAGUACCCAUACUACAGGAAAAUUAUUAUGUAUGAAAAACGGGAAUUUUAAGAGAAGCCACUAGCUAAGUAGGUGAACGCAUUUGUGUUCAUAAUAGUUGGAGGUAUGCUGAAACAGUGCUUCCUUUCUUGUGCUAAAAUAUAUAUUAAUUUGAUAAAAAUGAUAAAAUGUAAUAAUAAUUUGAUGUACAGGCUGAGAAAUCAUUCUCAAAGGAGUAUUACUCUUACAGUUAUUAUUAUACAUGUGUUGUCUGCAAAAAGUGAUUUAGAAAGAGAUUCUUAUUUUAGUAGUAGCUUCUGACUGUAUUGUUCCUAAGAAUUUGGGAUAAUUGUAUCAAUGUCUCUUUCGUAGCUGCAACAAAUUUUUCGGUGUUAUUGCUGUUUAAUGUGUGUGUUAAUUAUAACAGUAUGAACUAUGGCUCUUUAGAUGUACCUAAGUAAUAUAUAAAUGCAAAUACACUAAGAUAACCGUAAUACCACAGUAUGGGAAGGAAGAAAAUAAUCACGUUUUGAUGUGUACCUUCAUCUUCAAUAAAAGUGGCAAAAUGUUGCAUUAUUAGAAAAGUUGAAUAGUAACUGGAUUGUCUGUAUUUCAGCAUUACGUUCAGUUUCUUUUCUCUCUAAACAUACCAACUGUUUGGUUGAUUUUGAUAUUUUUAAAAUUAGUGUAAUAGCUUUUUGUAAAUCACUAAAUUGCUUCUUAAAAAAGAUACAUAAAGUAGAAUAUGUGUCUACUUUCUUUUCUACUAUUGAAAAAUUUCCUCCAGUUUGUUAGUUUUAGUGAACUUUUUACAAUUUUACAUUUACUUGCCUUUUAUACAUGUAACUCUAAAAAAGAAGCAUUCCACAAUCCCAGUUUCAGUUUUUGAUUAGGUAAUGGUGAAUUCAGUAAUUUACAUUACUAAGAUAACAGGGCACAAGACUAGUGUCUUCUUACCAUUAUAGUGGUUUGAAGUAUUGAUCUCUCAGACAUUGUCAUUGUAUAUAGUUAAAUCAUGAGUCGUGUUAUUUUCUAAUUGUCAAUAAAACACCAUAUAUAUUCUGUUUUAAAAGAA